GUGUGUGUGUGUGUGUGUGUGUGUGUGUGUGUGUGUGUUCUGGUAAUCAUCAUGUUGUGGGGACACAAUUCUGUUUACACAGUCAUGGCAUGGGGACCAAUUCUGGUAUGGGGACCAAAAAUCAGGUCCCCAUAAGGGGAACCAUUUAAAAUGACUACAGGAGCUAUUCUAAUGGUGCCUAUGGGGUUUUUAGAGUUGGCUCAUAGCACAGGUUUUUCAGUGCAAAUGUGUGUGUGUGUGAGGUCACUAGCGCCCCCACUGCGGUACUGCACCCUCUGCUCCGCACACACACUCAUUCCAAAUAUGGUUGGGCACGCCCACUUCCUGGUCCUCACGAGGAAGGAUUCUCAACAACAACAGAUUUUCAGUGUUAAAUGUCGAUGAUGACACAAAUGAGAAGAUAAAAGAUUAAUUGCAGCUGCUAAAGGGCUACAAACUUCUACAGAGGAGUAAGAGUGAAACACAAGGUAAGCACAUUUGUAUGACAAACCAAUAUAACUACUUUUCUACCCUCCAAUUAGGUUAAUUAACUCUGGUUGGUUCGCAAAAUAGUUCAAUAAUUAUAUUUUUGUUCGCUAUCCUGCUAAUUACCUAGUCUGUAUGGCUAACUACCCUCUGACUGUGGGUCUAAUGUCUAAUUACAGCUUUCCAAUUGGCUAGUAUUAGUUACAGUUUCAUGUAAUUUAGUAUGAAGGAGUUAUUGCAAACUAAGAAGACACUGCUAAAUCUCUAGCCUAACUGAAUGCUCUUGGAAUAUAUAGGGGGAAAGUGAUUCUUCUAAAGUUUAACAUUUAGUGUGUAGUUGGUCACAUUAUUUUCUUUUCUAGGGGCACCAUCAUUUUUGUCCAGGCCUGUUUCAUGAGUUUAUUUUUUAAAAUAAUUCUGUUGAACCACAGUUCAAAAGCAAUGUCUGAUUUUCAUUAGUAAAUUUUCAUAGAAUUUUUAUUUAUUACUUUUGUCAGAUUCAAAUUAUUUCUGUGACCAUUGUGGGUUUUUCUUUCAUUAACCGAGAGGUACCAACAAUUUUAUCCACGUGUACUAAAGUAGCGAUAGUCAGAAUUUGUACAAAAAUAUAAAAUGAUCAUUUCUGUCUGUCACUUCCGUUGUGAGCCUUUUAUUUUGAAAGUAAACAGGAAGUUAAGUGUCCUGUACCACCGCUAGCUUUGUGACCUCAGCAGUUGCGAGAGUACAGGGAAUGGAAAUGACGAGGACAGAGCACAACUGGCAGUGAGCUGCUGAAGAGUGAUUCGUGAGUGUUCAAUCUUUCUGGUAAGUACAUCAAAUGACAUCCAACAGACUUCUAUUUGGUUUGAAGAAAGUCAGUUAAAGUUUAAAGGGACGCCACGUAAGACGUGCGUCUGCUGUAGCUGAAUAAAUGACCUAGCGAAUUAGCUAAAACAAGCUAGUAAGCUCGGUAAUUUAGCAGGCAUGCAAGUUUUCUCUCAUAGUGAUGGUUAAUUUAUAUGAAAGAAGCUUUGUAAAGCGAAGAUGCUGAGAGAGUAGAUUAGGCUGUGGUCCAUGUCAGGAGCGGCUCUGUCCGUGUAGUUAGAAAAAUGUGGAGGUGCACGUCGCGGACAUUUUCCGCGUGAGAAGGGGUGCUCCAGAAGGCGUAGCUGCUUAAAUGAGCAACAGGCUUUACACUGCCUUUUAAAUUUAAUUUGGCUUUUAUGACAACAAUUUACAAAAAAAACUCAUGUCAAAGUGAAGCUGAAUUUUUACAAGUUAAUUAAUUAGCUGAAAGUAUAAAAUUGAAAAAAGUGAUUAAGCAGUAUUUACUCACUUUAAAGUGACUCACCUAUUUCAACACAGGUGCAUUCAGUUGACAUUAAAAGUCAUACAGUUUUUGAAGGUCAGUGAAUGAGUGUCAGUGACUGUAGUAUAAAGACCUGUAUCUGGAAGGUGCAGUCACUUGUGAAUCAAUGCUUCUGGAUAGAACUACACUAUGAAAACAGAAGAACCUUCUAAGAAAAUCAGUGAAAAGGUAAAAGGAGAUUUUAGACUAUAUGGCAAACAAUGAGUUGCUACAAUCAAGGCUAAAAUUGUGCCAGACACUUACAUGAGAAACACAAUUUCUGUAGUUUGUUUGCCAACUAAAUCUAGAAAGAUAGUGAUCAUGAUCAUUUAAGAGGAGUCAUGUUAAGACAGGAGGUGAACGAUAUGGACAGAAUAAAUCUAGAGAACAGGAAUAAAAACAAGUGUCAGCUCCUUCGAGUGUGUAUUUCAAUUUUGCAACACAACAUCAGAUUCCCCUUUUUUGUUUUACAUUUGAGUGUCCUCUGUUAUCUGAAGGAUUAUCUGGACAUGAGAGUUUGGAAAAACAUUAUACAGCUAAUACUUUCAAAGACUUCAAACUCAAACUGAAUCAAGUGCAAACUGUUUUUAAAAAAAUUCCUACAGGUUGAGAUGCCACCACGGGUGAGCCCCCUUAAGGAUGCCAUUCAGCAUGUUGUUUCAAAGACUGAUAAAACAUACAAAUUAGAGGUGAAGUACAUCAAUGCAGUUAAAGGACGUGGUUUGUUUGCAGCGAGUUCGAUAUGUAAAGGAGAAUUUGUAGUUGAAUAUAGAGGAGAUUUGAUAAAUGAUGCAGAAUCCCAGAGAAGAAGAUCGCUUUACCACCCAUCAUGUGUUGCUUUUAUGUUUGCAUUCAAGUGGAGAGGAAAAAUGUGGUGUAUUGAUGCCUCGAGAGAUGAUGGAUCAUUUGGGCGGCUCGUUAAUGAUGACCACAGGCAUCCAAACUGUAAGAUGAAAAGAAUUGAUGUGAAUGGAAUCCCACACCUUUGCUUGUUUGCCCUGAACGACAUUAAAGAAGGACAAGAAAUUACCUAUGACUAUGGAGGUGAAGACUGCCCAUGGAGAACACAGAUGACCACCAGUACAGCGAACGCCAGGUCAGCAGAUGAACCACAUCCCUCUCCACAAUCAGAUGCUGAGGAAGAUGAUCUACCUGGUCCCAGCAGCACUCUUCAAAAGAUGACCACCAGUACAGCGAACGCCAGGUCAGCAGAUGAACCACAUCCCUCUCCACAAUCAGAUGCUGAGGAAGAUGAUCUACCUGGUCCCAGCAGCACUCUUCAAAAGACGACCACCAGUACAGCGAACGCCAGGUCAGCAGAUGAACCACAUCCCUCUCCACAAUCAGAUGCUGAGGAAGAUGAUCUACCUGGUCCCAGCAGCACUCUUCAAAAGAUGACCACCAGUACAGCGAACGCCAGGUUCAGCAGAUGAACCACAUCCCUCUCCACAAUCAGAUGCUGAGGAAGAUGAUCUACCUGGUCCCAGCAGCACUCUUCAAAAGAUGACCACCAGUACAGCGAACGCCAGGUCAGCAGAUGAACCACAUCCCUCUCCACAAUCAGAUGCUGAGGAAGAUGAUCUACCUGGUCCCAGCAGCACUCUUCAAAAGAUGACCACCAGUACAGCGAACGCCAGGUCAGCAGAUGAACCACAUCCCUCUCCACAAUCAGAUGCUGAGGAAGAUGAUCUACCUGGUCCCAGCAGCACUCUUCAAAAGAUUGUGACUGACGUCCAAACCCAAGGUCAGUUUUUCCCACUGAGACGGACCAAAAGUAUCAUAAUGAAAUACACAAAUCUUGAGGAACCUGGUCAACUCUAUGAUUCUUCAUCAGGGAGUGGAGAGGAAUACAUUCCAGAUACCACUUCUGAAAGCGACGGCAACAGUGAUGCCAGCCUUUGUCUAAAUCCAAGACAAAAACAGCAGUCUCUUGAUCAUCCGAUGGAUAUCUCUGGCCCUUUGAGUCCCACUGUCUGCGACUCCACCACAUCAGAUAAAAUGACUUUUGACAAUGACAGGCAUGGUGUUGCAUCUGAACUCACUGAAGUAUAUGAAGAACCUUGUUCAAGUCAGAGCCAAAAUAGCAGCGUAGUUGUUAAUGCAUGUAAAAAAAAAGAUGGGAAAAGAGUGUACGACAAGAGACAU